UGAGGGCAGAGACAGAGGAGGCGAACUCGAUCGUAUAAAUAUAUAUUUGAGGGGAAAUGGCGAUGAUAGAGCUGAAUAAGGCAAAACCAUAUUUGGCAAUGAUAUCCCUGCAGUUUGGGUUUGCAGGGAUGUAUGUCAUAACCAUGGUUUCAUUGCAGCACGGAAUGAACCACUAUGUUCUUGCUGUUUAUCGCCAUUUGGUGGCCACCAUUGUUAUUGCACCCUUUGCUCUUGUGCUUGAAAGGAAAAUAAGACCCAAGCUCACUCUCCCCAUUUUCCUCAGAAUCCUGGUGCUUGGUUUCUUAGAACCAGUGGUGGACCAAAAUCUGUACUAUCUAGGGAUGAAAUACACGACAGCAACACUUGCGUCGGCCACUGUCAAUGUGAUUCCAGCUAUUACCUUCGUAAUGGCGUUGAUUUUCAGGUUGGAGAGAGUAAACAUGAAGAAGGUGCGCAGCAUUGCCAAGAUAAUCGGAACAGUAAUCAUGGUCCCCGGAGCAAUUAUCAUGACACUGUACAAAGGUCCGGCGAUCAAUUUCAUAAAGUUGCAAGGUGGAAGCCACCACACCGCCACCAAUGAAGCCGAGGCCAAGCAUUGGGUUGCCGGAACAGUCAUGCUCUUAGCCAGAUGCUGGGGCUGGUCAGGUUUCUACAUUUUGCAGUCAUUUACAUUGAAGUUAUACCCAGCAGAGCUCUCUCUUACAGCUUUGAUAUGCUUUAUCGGGACCAUUGGAGGUGCAGCGGUGUCGUUUGCAAUGGAGAGAGAUUUGAGUGCCUGGAAAAUUGGAUUUGAUUCAAGCUUGCUAGCUGCUGUAUAUUCUGGAGUGGUGUGUUCUGGAAUCGCAUACUAUGCACAAGGAGUUGUGAUUAGGGAACAAGGCCCAGUUUUUGUUACUGCCUUCAGUCCCCUUUGCAUGAUCAUCACUGCGGCUCUAGGAUCAAUCAUUUUAGCAGAAAACAUUCACCUCGGAAGUAUAAUUGGAACUGCUAUCAUAAUCUUUGGACUUUACACUGUGCUAUGGGGCAAAAGCAAAGACCAACAAAACGCAACUGCAACGGAAGAGAAAGGUAAAGUCCAGGAACUGCCGAUCACGGACGGUUCUAAAGUGAUGAACUUGGAAGAUGGCAUCGAGGGACCUGCUAGAGUACUGAAGAUCCCAGCUGAGAACCAAAUAACUACAGAAAUAUGAAACAAGAAUGUAAAUUUGUAGCAGAGUUUUUGAAGCUAUGGAAGUGAUUCAUAUAUCUAACAUCUUCCUCUUUAAGAGUGUUUUGUAAGAGAAUAAAGUAAUUGUCGGGCUUUAACCUGUCAAUAUGCUAAUGGUUC